AUGUCAGGAAUACCCGCCUGGGUUGAGCAGGCGCAGCAUGCAGCUCUCGUUUCCCCGGACAGGAGCCCCAGAGAUGACGCUUGUCCUACACAUGCUAGCCGGUGCAGACCUAGCCAGCAGCCGCGGCACAAAGAGAAUACAUCAACAUCUCGACCACCCUCGCGACCGCCCUCUCGACCCUCCUCCAGCUCUUCCCAACAUCCCCCUCGCGCUAUUCGGCAAUACUCACGCGGCAAACCAUCCCCAUUCGCAUCCUCCGGUCCUCCUCCACAACCGGUCUUUAUUUCUAAGGAGUGGAAAUGGGCUAGGGGGGCUUCCAUUCGUGUUAAAAAUGUGCCUCCUGGAGCGAACGUUCAGGAUAUCUACAAUCUUUUCUCAGAGCAUGGUCACAUCAGUUACAUUGAUCUUGACGAGGACCGCCCAGACAUUUCUGAUCGCGGCCGGAGGGCUCUGGUUCGCUUUGAGCCACCUCCUCUGUCUACCGACUUCCUCUCUCGAGGCGUUUGUAGACUCAGAAUUGGACUUGUUGAUCACUGGCUGCCUCUGGAGACCGUGGACCCAAAGCGCGAUGACUACAAGGAGCGUACCAUCAGGACUCAGCUUGGCACAACUUGCCCGCAAACCGCAUACAUCUGUCCUUCAACCUUGUCCUUCGGCGUCUUGGUCCAGCCUGCGGUAUUCAUGAAGAAACAAUCGGUUCAAACACUGUCGUCGGACUCAUUGUUGAGAAUUAAGUUCGAUUUCAAACGGAUGCGAUUGGUGAUUCAAUUCUCUCUCCAUUAUCAGCGCAAACCUAGUGGGUUUCAAAGACAAAACGAGCACUACAAGCUUCACAUUAAGUUUGGAGUCAUCAAGGAACUAUGCAGAACCAUGGUUGGUGAGGAGCAUCGUCAGGCCUUGGUCAUGACUCUCCGGGAUCCGCCGGUUGCGUACAGAAAAAAGGAUGCGGCAAAGACUUUUGGUGAGGAUCGGCUGACUUGGAGCGAAAACGACCUGUGGGAGAGAGUGGUGGACAUCAGCCCUGGACAGGAUGUUGGCAAAGGCCCAGUGUCGCUCGCUGAGAACCACCAGUACAUCGACCUGGGCCGGUGGCUCACAUACUGGAUUGAGCUGGAUCAGCAUUCAACAAGGGUCUGGGACAAGGUUUCACAACAUUUGCUCGAUUGGAAUCUCAGGACGAAGUUGACUGUCUUUCCCGAGCCGCUUCCUAACAAAAAGCCAGAGGUAUGGGACCUCCUUGAUGACAGAUACGGUCAUGCCAUCCAACCUGCCUCAUCACAGUCAUGGAACAACGACUUUUCUCUGUUAGCAGCACCGCCCCGUAUCUCCCUACCGUUUGACGUCCGGUACCAGCUUGAAGUGUGUAUUUCCCAAGGAAUCAUCAACGAACACAAUAUUGACCGACCAUUCCUUGAGAAGCUGACGGAGUUCUGUAAUGAUGACAACAGCCUCAACAAAGACCGUGCUCGCCUCAUCCUCGAAUAUGCUGCCGACGAGUACGCUGGCAAGCGUAUCUUUGAUCCUAUGGGGCUAUUCAAGGACAGUGCAGCUAUGAGGUAUUUCCCAUCAACCUUCAUAAUACCCAACUACUGCGCUUUGGUUCGUAGGGUCACUAUUACACCUACUCGUAUCUACUUCAGUACACCAUACGUCGAGCCCACGAACCGCGUCAUCCGUCAGUGGAGGUUUGCACAGGACUACUUUAUCCGCAUUCAAUUCACCGAUGAGGUUCUUGAGGGUCGUAUCAGGAGCGGCGAAGCAGAACUUCCCCUGUUCUUGCGUGCGUACAGGGUGUUGCAGGAAGGGAUUGCCAUGGGUCUAUGGCACUGGAAGUUCCUUGCAUUUGGCAACUCUCAAAUUCGAGAGGCUGGUGCCUACAUGUUCUGUGAGCAAAGCGACUUGACAUGCGACAUGAUGCGGUCCUGGAUGGGCCGCUUCAGUCACAUCAAGGUCAUUGCCAAGUAUGCGGCCAGACUUGGGCAGUGUUUUUCAACCACACGUUUAGUGCCUGGCAUUCCGGCACCUAGGAUCGUCACAAUCCCUGAUGUUGAAAAGGACGGGUUUUGCUUCACAGACGGAGUAGGCAAGAUUUCUCCUCUGCUUGCGAAAAUCAUAACGCAUGAGUGGAGCCUCGAUAGGCUACCUUCAGCCUUCCAGUUCCGCAUGGGAGGUUGCAAGGGAGUCUUGGUUACCUGGCCCGAUGUGAAGGGUAUGGAAGUCCAUAUUCGGAAGUCACAGGAGAAGUUCGUUGCUGAAUUCAACGGCCUUGAGGUUAUCAAAUGUUCGGCUUUCGCAACCGCCACCCUGAACCGACAGACCAUCGCAGUUCUCUCGUCUCUCGGUGUGCCCGAUCAAGUUUUCGUGGACAUGAUGGAGAAGCAACUCUCUGACUACAACGCAGCAAUGGUAGAUAAACGAAAGGCAACGGAGUAUCUGAGAAAGUACGUUGACGAAAACCAUAUCACACCGAUCAUUGCACAGAUGCUCUCCUACGGCUUCAUGGAGUCCCAGGAGCCUUUUGUCCGCACCCUACUUCAGCUGUGGCGAUCAUGGUCCAUCAAAACACUGAAGGAGAAAGCUCGGCUCAGCGUGGAAAAGAGUGCCUUCGUGCUCGGCUGCGUAGAUGAGUCUCGCACCUUGAAAGGGCAUAUGAAGGUCAUAGAAGGCUGGAAGGACGUUCCCAGCGAGAAGCUCCCACAGAUCUUUCUGCAGAUUCCUGACAAUGUCAACGACGGUUACAAAGUCAUUACUGGAACCUGCGUCGUUGGCAGAAACCCAUCCCUCCACCCCGGUGAUAUCCGAGUCGUGGAGGCAGUUGAUGUCCCUGCUUUGCGACAUAUCAGAGACGUCGUGGUCUUUCCCUUAACUGGGGACAGAGACGUCCCCAGCAUGUGCUCUGGCGGAGACCUUGAUGGCGAUGACUUCUUUGUUAUCUGGGAUCCUUUGCUUGUCCCCAAUGAACGCUCCCAUCCACCGAUGAUCAAUGAGCCCGUUGUAGGCAAGGAGUUGGCAAACGAACCGACCGUCAACAAUCUGGUUACAUUCUUUGUGCUCUACAUGAAGCACAACAAUUUGCCGUUGAUUGCUCAUGCCCAUAUGGCCACAGCGGAUGCGGAAAUGGACGGAGUGAAGAGUUCCAAGUGUCUUGAGCUCGCUAUCCUUCACUCUAUGGCCGUUGACUACGUAAAGACUGGUGUGCCCGCCGUGUUCCCAAAACGACUGGAUCCCAAAUCCUGGCCUCAUUUCAUGGAGAAAAAGAAACGCGACUAUCACUCUGCAACAGCGCUUGGAAAGCUCUACGAUAUGGUCAAACGGGAGACAUUCGACAUGAAAGAGAACUAUGAGCUGCCGUUCGACAGCCGCAUUCUUAAGCAUACAAAGUGCCGCGCUCUUAGGGAUGAGACGCUGACCAAAGCCCGCCGUAUCAAAUCUCAGUACGACACCGCUAUGCGCCGUGUAAUGUGCCAGCUCGAGAUUGCCACCGAGUUCGAAGUCUGGACGGCCUUUGUCAUGUCCAAGCCCCGCGUGGGAUCAGAAUACAAGCUCCAAGAAAACGUCGGUCGCGAAUCUUCUGCCCUCAAGCAGCAUUUCAGGGAUCAGUGUAGGAAAGAGGCCGGCGGCGAUCUGCUUUCCUUCGUGUCGGCCAUGUACAGAGUCACCUACGAAGAAGUUCGUAUUGCCUUGCAUGAAGCCAAGCAGCCGCACAUUAGACCUGAUGGCAGCCUCGGAACCAGAAGGAUUACACCCAAGACAAUGCCACUUGUCAGCUUUCCCUGGCUGUUUUGGGACAAGCUCGGUGAGCUUGCCAGGACAAGCGGCAUCAUUCAAAGGAAACUGGACGAUGGAAGUGAGGAUAUGGACCUUUUAAGUGACGUCCUGCUCGUUUCUCAGAGGCACAGAGGCAGACACAAUGCAAGCGGCGGCAGUGACUUUAUGGAUGAGCAUGGCGAUCCCCUUUCUUACACACGCACAAGCGAUGGCAAGGUCGUUCAUUAUGGCCAGGUCCUGAACCUUUUCAGUCACGACGACGAGGAUGGAGAUGAGAGGAAUGACGCCCGGAACAGAAACAACUCUGGCGAGGAAUCUACUGGGCUCAAAUCUACCAAGUCCGCCUCGAACCUUAGCCCGGUUGCUGAGGAGGACCUUCUCAGCUUUGAAUCGCCUCCAUCUAGCCCUGUGGUCAAGCCUGUAUCUCCAGAGGUUGGUGUCUCUAAGAAGGGCAAAAUCUUUAAGUAUGACGCCAACUUCCUUCUUCAGGUCCGGAAAACAUCCACAGAGGAGCCCUGUCUCGAGUUCCAUCCAGAGGUUAAGUCUCUUAUCGGAUAUUCUGACGGUGGUAGUUCUACCUCCGCUCGCACACCUGGCGCUGGAUCCCAGAGUGUCCUUGGCAGCGCCUCUGAUGGCGGCUUUCCCGCCAUGGGCCAUCUACUAGGCCCGCUACCUACGUUCGCUAAGGCCGAUCUUGCUAUCGGUCUCUCUGGUCCUGUCGCCACGACCUAUACUCCUCCACCCACCAAUGAGGAGACGGUCAUCCGCGGUGAUCACUCCAGUCGCACCAGUGAUCUAAGUGCUUCGACUUGCUCCGCUAAUCUUCAGCCUUUGACUGAGCGAACCUCUCUAGACACCGAGGAUCUCUUGCUGGAUAUUUACUCUGCUUCUCCCCCUAGGGCGAGUAAUGCUGGGUUGGGUUCGGCGGCUGAUAGUGGUGUUCCCGUCAAGGGAGAACUUCCCAUUUGGGUUGAGCAGGUGGUGAGAAUGGGUCACAGGAACCCAACUCCUCCUCUUGAGCCGCUUGUAAUCCCAGAUGUUGUUGGGGCUUCGCAGUCUGAGAGCCCACUCACCGGUACUAUCACGGCUUCUGCGAUUUAUGAUCCGUUCGUCUCCUCUUUUCCUGCAGCUCCUGCUCCUGCUACAUGUGGUGGUGGUGCUUGUUAUGGUAGUGAUGGUGGUGCUAGUGCUGGUCCGAUCAACAAGCAGAUAAUCAUGGGCCUAGAUCAAGGAAUCAAGAAGGAGGAAUAUGACGAGGAAAGCGAUGAGGAGGUUGAGGAGGUUGAGCUGGAAAUGGAUGAGGACUCGCUUGCAGCGCGAGUUGCACAGAUGGCGGCGCUUUAA